AUGAGUCGGCCACGUGUAGAUUCGGAGGAGUCGCUGGGCCCCGAUGAUGAGGUUAUGCCAUACAGUGAUGACGAGACUGAUGACGAAAUAGAACACGAGGAGCAGCCGCCGGUGCAGCCGAGUGCUCCAGCAGCAGAACCUGAGUCAGGGUGGAAAGUCAAGGCAAAUGACAGAGAUUUCUGCAAGUCUCCCGAGUUCCAGAAGAAGGGAAACGGAAUCAGGACGUACAAGUACAACAUGUUCACCUUCCUCCCUCUGAACCUGUACGAGCAGUUUAAAAGAGCCGCCAACUUCUACUUCCUCUGUCUGCUUAUCCUGCAGAUCAUCCCCCAAAUCUCCACCCUGCCCUGGUACACCACACUGGUGCCUCUAGUGCUCGUGCUUGGCAUCACUGGUAUCAAAGACCUGAUGGAUGACCUGGCCCGACAUAAACUGGAUAAUGAAAUCAACAACAGGACCUGUGAGGUUCUCCUGAAUGGCAGGUUUCAGGAAACGAAGUGGAUGGACAUUCAGGUUGGUGACGUGGUCCGACUGAAGAAGAACGACUUCAUACCGGCCGACAUUAUGUUACUAUCCAGCUCCAAUCCAAACAGCCUGUGUUAUGUAGAGACAGCAGAACUGGAUGGUGAAACCAAUCUGAAGUUUAAGAUGGGUUUGAAGGUGACAGACGAGCAGCUGCAGAAAGAAAAUGAGCUGGCAAAGUUUAAUGCCAUGAUUGUGUCUGAGGAGCCAAAUAACCGACUGGACAAGUUUGCUGGAACCAUGAAGUGGAAGGGUGAAGUGUAUCCACUUGAACUGGACAACAUGCUGCUGCGAGGAUGCAAGAUCCGCAACACCAACGAAUCCCACGGACUCGUCAUAUUUGCAGGAGCGGACACAAAGAUCAUGAGGAACGGCGGCAAGACGAGGUUCAAACGCACCAAGAUUGAUUAUCUGAUGAACUACAUGGUGUACACGAUCUUUGUUAUGCUGGUCCUGAUCUGCGCCGGCCUGGCCAUCGGGCACACCUUCUGGUUCGAGGAGAUUGGCAGUAAGGCCUGGUAUCUGUACGAUGGAAAAAAUGAGAGCUCUUCCUACCGGGGGUUUCUCACCUUCUGGGGAUACAUCAUCGUCCUCAACACCAUGGUGCCCAUCUCGCUCUACGUCAGUGUGGAGGUGAUCCGUCUGGGUCAGAGUAAGUUCAUUAACUGGGAUCUGCAGAUGUACUACGCCGAGAAGGACACGGCGGCUAAAGCUCGAACCACCACGCUGAAUGAGCAGCUUGGCCAGAUCGAGUACAUCUUCUCCGACAAGACCGGCACCCUGACGCAGAACAUCAUGGCCUUCAAGAAGUGCAACAUCAGCGGGAAAACAUACGGAAAUGCUACAAGUGCAGAUAAUAAGAUGGUGGACUUCAGCUGGAACAAGUACACCGACAGGAAGUUCCAGUUCUAUGAUAAUAACCUGGUUAACACCAUCCGCUCGAAGCAGGACCCGGAUAUGCUGGAGUUUUUUAAGCUGCUGUCUCUCUGCCACACCGUCAUGGUGGAACAGAAGGACGGCGAACUGGUUUACCAGGCCGCGUCUCCGGACGAGGGCGCUCUGGUCACCGCGGCGAGGUGUUUCGGCUUCGUGUUCCUGCACCGCACUCAGGACAUGAUCACCAUCGACGAGAUGGGAGAGGAGACCACGUACGAGAUGCUCGCUCUCCUCGACUUCAACAGCGACCGCAAACGCAUGUCCAUCGUCCUGAGAUUUCCUGAUGGUCGUAUCCGGCUGUACUGUAAGGGAGCAGAUACGGUGAUCUACCAGCGCCUCAGUCCUGACUCGCCACAUACAGAAAUCACGCAGGACGCUCUGAACAUCUUUGCCAACGAGACCCUGCGCACACUGUGUCUGUGCUAUAAGGACAUCACUCCCGAGGAGUUCGAGGAAUGGAAUCGUCUAAACAAGGAGGCCAGCGUGGCCCUCACCAACCGCGAAGAGGCGCAGGAUCAAGUCUACGAACUCAUCGAGAAUAACCUUAUGAUGAUUGGCGCGACAGCCAUCGAAGACAAGCUACAGGAUGGAGUUCCAGAGACCAUCGCCAAACUAGCCAAGGCCGACAUCAAAAUCUGGGUUCUUACUGGAGACAAGAAAGAGACUGCUGAGAACAUUGGUUACUCGUGUGAGCUGCUGACGGAUGAUAUGCAUCUUCACUACGGAGAUGACGUGAACCAAAUGUUGACGGACAGACAGGCAAGCAGAGGGAAUGAAGCCGGCGAUGGAAAAACUAAGAAGCCGUUUUUCUCGGAUACUGGCAAGAACGCUCUCGUCAUCACUGGAGGCUGGCUGAACGAAAUCCUGUACGAGAAAAAGAAGAAGCGUCGCCGCCUACGUCUGCGCAAACUCGGGAAGCAGAAGACGGCAGCUGACGGACAGCCCAGCAACGACAAGGAGAAGGAGAUACGGCAGCGGGACUUUGUGGACAUGGCCUGCGAAUGCAGCGCCGUCAUCUGCUGCCGCGUCACCCCCAAACAGAAAGCCAACGUGGUGAGCCUGGUGAAGCGCUACAAGAACGCCAUCACGCUGUCCAUUGGGGACGGCGCCAACGACGUCAACAUGAUCAAGACCGCAGACAUCGGUGUGGGCAUCAGUGGGCAGGAGGGAAUGCAGGCCGUGAUGUCCAGUGACUACGCUCUCGCUCAGUUCCGCUACCUCCAACGCCUCCUCCUGGUUCACGGACGCUGGUCCUACAUCCGCAUGUGCAAGUUCCUGCGCUUCUUCUUCUUCAAGAACUUCGCCUUCACCCUCAUUCACUUCUGGUACUCCUUCUUCAGUGGAUUCUCCGCACAGAUUGCCUAUGAGGACUGGUUCAUCACGCUGUACAAUGUGCUGUACAGUAGUUUGCCUGUGCUGCUCGUGGGGCUUCUGGAUCAGGACGUGAACGACAAACUGAGUCUGCGCUUUCCCAAGUUAUACCUGCCGGGCCAGCAAGGGUCGUUGUUUAAUUACAGGAACUUCUUCAUCAGUUUAUUCCAAGGCAUCUUCACGUCUCUGAUCGUCUUCUUCAUUCCGUACGGAGCGUUCCUUCAGACGAUGGGUCAGGAUGGAGAAGCGCCAUCUGAUUACCAGUCCUUCGCCGUGGUAACCGCGUCCUCCCUCAUCAUGAUCGUAAGCCUUCAGAUCUCUUUGGACACCUCGUACUGGACAUUUGUGAACUGCUUUGCUGUGUUGGGCAGUAUAGCCAUUUACUUUGGUAUAAUGUUCGACAUACAGAGCGCAGGAAUACGUGUCAUCUUCCCCACGUUCUUCAAAUUCACUGGUGUUGCCGCAAAUGCUCUGCGCCAGCCGUACCUGUGGCUUACCAUCAUUCUUACAGUUGGCAUCAGCCUCCUGCCAUCCAUGUUCAUCCAGUUCCUCUGUAAGACCAUUUGGCCCUCUGUUGGAGACAAGGUCCAGAGGAACAAGAAGAAGUAUGAACUGGAGGAAGAGGAGAAAAAGAAGAAGGUUCCUGCGUUCCAGCGCGGUGCACGAUCACGUCGUUCUGGAUACGCCUUCUCUCAUUCUCAAGGUUACGGAGACCUCAUCGCAACCGGUCGCAGCGUCCGAAGAAAAAAGGCACCGGUGACCCCUGUGUCCAUCAAUGGGGUCAGUGUGGACACUGUUGAGGACUACAAAUACCUGGGAGUGUACAUAGACAAUAAACUGGACUGGAGUAAAAACACGGAAACCCUCUACAGGAAGGGCCAAAGUCGUCUCUACUUUUUAAGACGGCUAAGGUCUUUCAACAUCUGCAGGACUAUGCUAAAGAUCUUUUAUGAGUCUGUGGUGGCGAGUGCUAUCCUUUAUGCAGUUGCAUGCUGGGGCAGCAGGCUGAAGGUGGCAGAUGCCAACAGACUGAACAAACUGAUCCGUAAGGCCAGUGAUGUGGUGGGUGUGGAGCUGGACUCGCUGACGACAGUGUCAGAGAGGAGGAUGCUGUCUAAGCUGAAGUCCAUUAUGGACAAUACCUCUCACCCGCUGUACAACACACUGGAAAGACGCAGAAGCACGUUCAGUCAAAGACUCAUUCCACCCAAAAGCACCACGGAGCGCCACAGGAGGUCAUUCCUACCUGUGGCCAUCAAACUUUACAACUCCUCACUUAAGUAAUAGACCUUACAAUACGUGCAAUAUGAUAGUUGUAUCAUAAAUAGUGCAAUAUAUGUCACCACUGCAUCUGCCACUUUAUUUUAAGAGCGUUUUAAGUGUAUUUUAAGAGCGUUUUGCCACUUUAUUUUAAGAGCAUUUUUACUUUACUUUACUUUUUAAUAUAUUCUUACCUUUUAAUAUUCUUAAUACAUAUAUACAAU